GCUAAAAGAAAAAAAAAAAAAAAAAAAAAAAAAAAAAAGCGGUCAGUAAGUCGCUUGCAGGUGCGAAAUUCGCCGAUACCCUAAUUUCAGAUUUUGGAAUCCCUAAACCCCAAGCCCUACAGCCUUUCCUCUGCAUUUUCUCUCAGCCGCAGCAACGCCGCCGCCGCCACCGCCACCGCCUUCGCCUUCUGUCACUGAUUAGGGCUUCGUCAGCAUUGUCUCUGCUCGUUAUUUAUAUCAGAAAUGGUGGGACUAUCCAUAGGAGAAAAGCAUUUUAUACAGGGGGGCAUUGCUCAGGACAUUCGUUCUGAUGGUCGAAAAAGAUUGACGCCUCGGCCCAUCAAUGUCAAAACUGGAGUCAUUUCCCAGGCAAAUGGUUCGGCAAGGGUCAGGAUGGGGGCUACGGAUGUCAUUGCUAGUGUGAAGGCUGAACUUGGAAGGCCUACUGCACUGCAACCUGACAAAGGAAAGGUCUUUAUAAAUGUCGAUUGCAGUCCAACCGCAGCACCAAUGUUUGAGGGUAGAGGGGGUGAGGAGCUGUCAGCAGAACUCUCGGUGGCUCUUCAACAUUGCCUCUUGGGUGGUAAAAGUGGAUCUGGUGCUGGAAUUGAAGUCUCCUCUCUGGUAGUUGUGGAAGGAAAGAUCUGUUGGGAUCUUUACGUUGACGGCCUUGUUGUCAGUUCAGAUGGGAAUCUUCUAGAUGCCCUAGGUGCUGCUAUAAAGGCUGCUUUGAGCAAUACAGGCAUCCCAAGAGUAAAUGUUGCAGCUGGUGCAUCAGGGGAUGAGCAACCGGAGGUUGAUGUAAGCGACGAGGAGUUUCUGCAAUUUGACACAUCUAAGGUUCCUGUCAUAGUUACAUUAACAAAGGUAGGUAAGCACUACAUUGUGGAUGCCACUUCAGAAGAGGAAUCACAAAUGAGCUCGGCUGUUUCAAUUUCUGUCAAUAGGCAAGGGCACAUCUGCGGGUUGACCAAACGGGGUGGUGCAGGCCUAGAUCCAAGCAUCAUUCUCGACAUGGUAUCCGUGGCAAAAACAGUUAGUGAGCAGCUGAUAAACACGUUGGAUUCUCAGAUAGCUGCUGCUGAAGCUGGUGAAGAUGAAUCGUAACAUAAUUAGAAUCUCUGAUAUAUCUAAGUAGGUGGUUCGAGCAGGUCCUCGCUAUAUGAAAUUUGUAAUUCCAAUACUUACACAGAGCUGAUGAAAACAUUUGAUUUGUUGUACGCACAUUUGGCACCUUAGGCUGUUAAAGAGUUAAGAGUUGUUGCUUUGAGAACUUUUGCA